AUGAAGUUGAAUAUGAAUAUGAUGAUGAUGAUAAUGGCGGUAGUAAUGAUUACAAUUACUGGGGGAGGAAGAGGAAUUAAUGGGCAAUUGAGUUCUAGUUUUUACAGCACAACAUGUCCAAAUGUGGAAGCCAUUGUUCAACAAGCUGUUUUAACCAAGUUAUCCAAAACCUUUACCACCAUUCCUGCAACUCUUCGUCUUUUCUUUCACGAUUGUUUUGUUCAGGGGUGUGAUGGGUCGGUGUUGAUUGCAUCUCCUAAUGGGGACGCUGAAAAAGAUGCUCCGGAUAAUUUAUCUCUCGCCGGAGACGGCUUUGAUACAGUCGCUCAGGCUAAAACCGCCGUCGAAGCUCAAUGCGCCGGCGUUGUUUCCUGCGCCGACAUUUUGGCUCUUGCCGCACGUGAUGUUGUUGUUCUGGCGGGAGGGCCGUCGUUCCCCGUAGAAUUAGGUCGGCGAGAUGGGUUAAUCUCACAAGCAUCUCUAGUCGCCGGAAAUCUUCCAGGCCCAGAUUUCCAUCUCACCGACCUAAAUUCCAUGUUCGAAUCCCACGGUCUAACCCAGAUCGACAUGAUCGCUCUAUCAGGUGCCCACACCGUCGGAUUCUCUCACUGCAACCGUUUCUUCGACCGAAUCUACAAUUUCUCAGCCACCAAUCCGGUGGACCCUUCUCUCGAUCCAAACUACGCACAACAGCUAAUGCAGGAAUGCCCAAUAAACGUGGACCCUCAAAUUGCAAUUAACAUGGAUCCAACUACUCCGACAACUUUUGAUAAUGUUUAUUACCAGAAUUUGUUGGCCGGAAAAGGGUUGUUCACUUCCGAUCAGGUGCUUUUUACAGAUCCGGCGUCGCAGUCAACGGUUACGGAUUUCGCUAAUAGUCAAGGGGUUUUUAAUGCCGCGUUUGGAACUGCGAUGAUUAAGCUUGGGAGAGUGGGAGUUAAGAUUGGUAGUGAAGGAGAGAUAAGAACCCUUUGUUCUUCCUUUAAUUAAUUAACUACUACUUUC